AAGCAACAAGAAGAGGUCACCCUCGUCGCCAAAACACCCACACUCUCUCUCUCUCUGUCUCUCUCUCUGUCCGGUUCUGAACUUGUAAUAGCUAUAGAUAGCAAUACAUAGUGACAGAAGACACAAUAGAAGAAGAAACCCAACACAACCCAGGCAAACGCACUCAGAGAGAGAGAGAGAGAGAAUGACCACCCCAAGAGGAAACCACCACCCACAGCCUAACGGUGAGCGAAGAAGACAAUGGCCACCGCCACAGCCACCAGCAGCGGCACCGGAAGCGGCAGCGGCACCGACAGCAGUAGCCGCAAAUUACAAUGGAUACCGACAGUACCACCCGACAACGCCAGCUCGUUCGUCGUCGUCGGCGUCGUUCAAAGGAUGCUGUUGCUGUCUGUUCCUUCUAUUCUCGUUCCUGGCGCUGUUGGUGCUAGCGGUGGUGCUGGUAAUAAUCCUAGCGGUGAAGCCGAAGAAGCCGCAGUUCGAUCUGGAGCAAGUCGGGGUGCAGUACAUGGGCAUCACACCCAAUUCCCCCUCCACCGCUUCCCUGUCUCUCACCAUUCGCCUCCUCUUCGCCGCCACCAACCCCAACAAGGUCGGGAUCAGGUACGGCCAGUCCAGCUUCACCGUCAUGUACCGCGGCAUCCCCCUCGGAAAAGCCACCGUCCCCGGCUUCUUCCAGCAACCUCACAGCACCCGACAGGUGAUCGCCACCAUCGCCGUCGAUCGCGUCAAUUUGCUUCAGGCGGACGCCGCCGAUUUGAUCCGAGACGCCUCCCUCAACGACCGAGUCGACCUGAGAGUCUUGGGAGACGUUGCUGCCAAGAUCCGCGUCAUCAACUUCGAUUCUCCUGCUGUUCAGGUUUCGGUGGAUUGUGCUAUAGUGAUCAGUCCAAGAAAGCAAUCUCUGACUUACAAGCAGUGUGGGUUCGAUGGAUUGACUGUUUGAUGAUAUCAUUCUUGGUGGCAGUAUCAAUGUCCUUAUCUUCCACUCAAUUUCUCACUUGACCCUCGGUUUAUUCGACUAAUUUAAGGAAGAAAUGAGAAGGGAAAGGAGUGAGAGAAAAUUUGGGUGGGGAUGGGGUGUUAGAGGGAAUUUAGAAUGGUUAUUGGAGGAGUCACAACAAAUUGUUAAACUGCAAAGUUGAGGAAAAAGGUUUUGGAAUAGAUAUCAAAUUAGGGACAUUUAACAUUUUUCUCAAAGAAUUUUGCAAAAUUUUAUUGGAAUAGGUUACUUCUCUUGGAAGACAGAAAUCUGCGGAACAACGUGUAAACUGUAAAGUACAUCCAAUGAGUGGGUGAGGUAUCCUCAUGGGCUUUUCUUAAUUUGCUUGUUCUCUGCCCCUUAACCCUUUUCAACCUUUUUCUCCCUCAUCUUUUUUUGCUUUUGAAAAGUGCAUCAGAAGUUUUGCUUAUUUCAUUAUUGAAAUUUGAUGUAAGAAGAUCUGUAAUGUGGGAUUUUUUUUUGGGCUCUAAAAUUUUAUGUAAACACAAAGAGCCCUUUUGGGGAAAGAAAA